AGCAAACAACUUUCAAAAGCAUUCUCUGUCCAAACUGUACGAAAUUGGUCAAAAGAACAACAUAAUUAUUUCAUUACAGCUAGUAGCUUAGCUUUAAUGCUCACUUGUCAAAAUAUCAAUUAUUGCUUUCCAUCAAUUAUUGAAUCAUUAUUCACAUAUGACUCUUGCUUUACUAUUACCACUGUCAAACUUUUGCUAAUCAACAUGGCUGCAAUAGGAAGUGCUUUCCUCUCUGCAACUGUCCAGACCUUAGUUGAGAAACUUGCUUCCAAAGAGUUUCUUGAUUACAUCACAAACACUAAGCUUGACGUCUCACUCUUGAAACAGUUAAGAGCAACACUACGCACUCUUCAACCUGUGCUUGACGCUGCGGAGGAGAAGCAGAUCAACACUCCUUCUGUCAAAGAAUGGCUUGAUGACUUGAAAGAUGCUGUCUACGACGCUGAAGAUUUGCUCAACCAAAUUAGCUAUGAUUCCCUUCGAUGCAAGAUGGAGAACAUACAAGCUGCAAGCAAAACUAAACAGGUGUGGAACUUACUUUCUUCUCCUUUUAAAAAUAUCUAUGGAGAGAUCAAUUCCCAAAUGAAAGAUAUGUGUGAAACCCUCAAACUUUUUGCUGAUAAUAAAGAUAUACUCAGUUUGCAAACUAGAAGUGUCAGAGUUUCUCAUAGAACACCUUCAAGUCCUAUGGUCAACGAAUCUGUCAUGGUUGGUAGGAAAGAUGACCAAGAGAAAGUAAUGAACAUGUUUCUAUCAGAAAGCAAUACUAAUAUGGGCGUAGUUGCAAUUGUAGGCAUGGGAGGUGUCGGAAAAACAACACUUGCACAACUUGCUUACAAUGAUAAAAAAGUUCAACACCACUUUGAUCUCACAGCAUGGGCUUGCGUAUCAGAAGAUUUUGAUGUUUUUAGAGUAACCAAAACUCUCCUUGAAUCUGUCACUAAAACACCAUGGGAAACCAAUAAUCUUGAUUUACUUCGAGUUGAGUUAAAGAAAAAUUUAAGGGAUAGGAGAUUUUUCAUUGUGUUGGAUGACUUAUGGAAUGACACUCAUCAUGAUUGGGAUGAACUUGUAUCUCCGUUGAUUUAUGGGAAAAAUGGAAGCAGAGUGAUCAUCACAACACGCCUAAAAAAAGUGGCAGAUGCUGCACGCACAUUUCCUAUUUUUGAAUUAGAUCUUCUAUCGGAUGAACACAGUUGGUCUUUACUCUCCAAACAUGCAUUUGGAAGUGGAGACUUUUCUGAAACUCAAAAGCAAAAUGUAGAAGCAAUUGGAAGGAAGAUUGCAAGAAAGUGUGGUGGAUUGCCAAUAGCUGCGAAAUCACUUGGAGGACUGUUGCGUUCAAAAGUAGAUACUGAAGAGUGGAUUGAAGUUUUGAACAAUGACAUAUGGAAGUUAAAGAAUGAUAAUAUUCUGCCUGCAUUGCGCCUGAGUUAUCAAUAUCUUCCCUCUCAAUUGAAAAGAUGUUUUUCCUAUUGCUCUAUUUUUCCAAAGGACUAUCCACUUGAUAGGAAGCAAUUGGUUUUGUUGUGGAUGGCAGAAGGCUUCCUUGAUCAUUCUCAAGACAAAAAAACCAUGGAAGAAGUAGGUGAUGAGUGUUUUAUUGAAUUGUUAUCCAGAUCAUUGAUUCAACAAUUGCAUGAUGAUUCUCGUGGGCAAACUUUUGUCUUGCAUGACCUUGUUAAUGAUUUAGCUACUGUUGUAUCUGGAAAAAGCUGUUACAGACUUGAAUCAGGCAAUGAAAGCUAUGAAAAUGUUCGACACUUUUCAUAUAAUCAAGAAUCUUAUGACAUUUUCAAGAAGUUUAAGACUUUCUACAAAUUCAAAUGCUUGAGAAGCUUCCUACCCAUGGAAUCUGCCAGAUGGGGUACUUAUCAUUUAUCAAGAAAGGUGGUCGAUGAUUUUCUAUCAACAUUCGAAAGGUUGCGUGUGUUGUCAUUAUCAAAAUAUGAAAAUAUCACCACACUACCAGACACAAUUGGCAAUUUAGUGCAGUUGCGCUAUCUAAAUCUCUCUUACACUCUAAUCAAAAGCUUGCCUGACACCAUAUGCAGCCUCUACUACUUGCAAACCUUGAUUUUAUCUUGCUGCUCAAAACUCACAGAAUUGCCAGAACAUGUCGGAAAGUUAAUUCAUUUGCGUCACCUGUAUAUUGAUAGGACAAGCAUUAUAGAAAUGCCGAAGCAAAUUGCGGAACUAGAAAACCUUCAAACUCUAACUGUUUUUGUAGUAGGCAAGAAAAAUAUUGGUUUAAGUGUCAGAGAGCUUGGGAAGUUUCCUAAGCUACGGGGAAAGUUAUUCAUCAAGAACUUACGAAAUGUCAUUGAUGUCAUGGAGGCAAGUGAUACCGACUUGAAGAGCAAAGAACAUAUUGAGGAAUUGACGCUAGAGUGGGGCAAGGAAACUGAUGACACACUUAAUGAAAAAAUUGUGCUUGAUAUGUUAGAACCAUCUACAAACCUAGAGAAACUGAGCAUUGUAUCAUAUGGUGGGACAAGUUUUCCAAGUUGGUUUGGAGAUCCUUCUUUUUCUAACAUGGUGUCCCUCCGCAUUAAUAUCUGUGUGAAUUGCAUGACACUUCCACCACUUGGGCAGCUACCUUCUCUCAAGGACUUGCAAAUUGGUUGGAUGACAAUUUUGGAGACAACUGGGCAGCAGUUCUAUGGCAUGGCAGCAGGAGGUUCCCAUUCUUCGUUCCAACCAUUUCAGUCCCUUGAGAAUUUGGAAUUUUUGUACAUGGAAAAUUGGAAGGAAUGGUGUCCUCUUCCAGACAACAUGUUUCCUUUUCCUCGUCUGAAAACUCUGAGGUUAUCAAGGUGUCCCAAAUUGAAAGAACAUUUACCUAGUCAUCUUCCUUCCUUAGAAGAGAUUGAAAUAUUUGCUUGUGAUCAUCUCUUGGCAACACCACCAACUCAGCAUUGGCUCUCCUCAAUAAAAAAGAUUCGUAUUGUAGAAGAUUCAAAUUCAGAUUCAAUAAGCAAUACCGAAAGGACCCAAUACUCAUUGCUCGAUAGUGAUUCUCCAUUCCUACUGCAAACAAUAGACAUAUGGAGCUGUCAUAUGCUAAAAUCUGUACCUAAAAUGAUUAUUAACAGCACCUGUCUUCGACACUUGACACUCUAUGGUAUUAAUUCUCUCACGACGAUUCCAGCAAAUGGUUUACCCACUUCUUUGCAAUCACUUUGUAUUCGAAAAUGUGAGAAUUUAACAUUCCUUCCUCCUGAAAUGUGGAGCAAUUACACAUCCCUUGUGACUCUUAAUUUAAACGACUGCAACGCACUUACCUCCUUCCCAUUGAAUUGUUUUCCUAUGCUCCAAGAUCUUUCCAUCAAGGAAUGUAGGAGUUUGGAAUCUAUUUUUUCCCCAGAAACUUCUUCUUGUAGCUUGUCAACCCUCCAAUCUUUUGAAGUCCAUGAGUGCGAGGCACUUAGAUCACUACCUCAACGGAUGGAUACCCUAACUGCUCUUGAAAAGAUAUUUCUACGCAAUCUUCCAAAUUUGAAUUUAUCAUUAUGUGAAGGAGUUUUCCUACCUCCCAAUUUACAAUCAAUUGUGGUUGAUUCUGUGGGGAUAGCAAAGCCGGUAAGAGAGUGGGGUCUCCAAUGUCUCACUGCUCUUUCAUCAUUGCAAAUUAGGGGUGAUGAUAUUGUGAACAUAUUGCUUAAAGAGCCGUUGUUGCCCAUUUCCCUUGUGUAUCUGUCAAUCAAGAAUCUCUCUGAAAUGAAAUCCUUAGAAGGAAAUGGACUUCGACGCCUCUCCUCUCUAGAAACCCUUUAUUUUGAUGGCUGUCCAGGGCUUGUGUCAUUGCCAGAAAAAACCUUUCCCUCCUCGCUGAAAACACUUCGGUUGUGUAAUUGUCCAAAACUAGAGUCAUUGCCACAAAAAGCCUUUCCCUCCUCGCUGAAAUCACUUUUUAUUUAUGAUUGUGAAAGACUAGAGUCAUUGCCAGAAGACAGCCUCCCUUCCUCUUUAGAGCAUUUGUUCAUUAGAGAUUGUCCAUUGUUAGAAGAAAGGUAUAAAAGGAAGGAACAUUGGUCCAAAAUUGCUCACAUCCCAGUCAUAAAAAUAAAAAACCAACUCACAAUAUGAGGCAUGACCAUUGAGAAGCCAAGAGAAUGAAGAAUUCCAAUCCUGUUUCAGAGUCCAGGUAAUUCAAAAAGGCUGUUGUCUGUCCUCUUCUCAACAAUGGAACCUAUUCAGUUGUAUAUCUCUCAGUUUUUAAUUUAUUAGGCAACAUUAGCAUGUAAUAUAAUAGCCUUAAUGCAAGGACUUGGGUUCUGGCAGUAGGUGAGUAAUUGUUUCAAAUAUCAUAUUUCACAUUACAACCCAAACUCCUCUAUUAAAAUGGUUUACAGGAAUCAACAUUUAUAUUUCUCAAAUAUUUUACUAGACAUUGUUUGUUUACUCCUUUUUAUGUUAUUUAAUUUGUUUAUUCUCUUGCAUGUCCUUUUCUUGACUCAUUCAAGGAGUACAGUAUAGCCAACCCAAGCGGCUUGACAGUGUGAACAUAUUCCAUUGAUCUGUAUGAGUCACAUUUACUAUAUGUUACUACUGAUAAUAUAAAUCUACAAUGAUUGUGUUUUAUGCAAUAACUUACUCCAACUCUCUAACUUAGUAUUUAGUUUCAACCAUGACAAAGACAGAGUUUCUGACUCGGACGUACGUUUGAAUUCUAUUAGAUAACACCAAAUAAUUAGUUUUAUUGGAUUUUCCCUCACAUCACUCUCGGGUAUGCUCAGGUCGACCCCUUCAGUUCUUGUUUGGUUCUAUCAUUUGAUUUUCAACAAGAAAAGUGAAAUAGAUACACAAGUCUCUCAUCAUCUUCAACCUCUCACUCAUCCAUUGUCAACUACACAUAAUAAUUUUUGUCAAUCAAGGUGAGGAGCGUGUGUAGACAACGUCCGAUAGUAGAAGAUUGCGAUCUUGUUCGGAUUAAGAGAUUGUGGGUUUUUCUUGGAUAAAAUCUGUGGGAUUUUCUCCUCCAAGAUCUUGAAGAUUUGGGGUUUUUUUGCACAAAUCGAAGCUUCAUCAAAUUCAGUCGAGUGAAGAGAUUGAGGAACUGUUGGUUCGCUCAAUCAUAUCACGGUGACCGGAGGAUUGUGAAGAUUGAUUUGGGGUCGAAUUCUUGAGAUAGAAAUCAGCCGAGUGAAAGAUUUGCUAAACGUUGAUAACGUACAAACGAGUAGCGUUAACCGAAGGUUUGUUCUAAGGAUUUGACACACUUGGUUCAGCUCGAAUCAAGGGAAGAGAAGAGUAAUUGAUCAAUUUUCUGCAUUUGUAAAUUAAGUACUGGUCUUUCUUCAUCCUUGGCAAUAAAGCAUCAAGUCAAACUCAAACUAUGAGCUAGAGAAAGUGUAGCUUGGCCAAAAUGAGAAAGAGGAGGAGAAAUGGUAUUCAGGAGCUCAUGGUAUUGUUGAGAUGCUCUUCAAUCGAAUCAAGUUGCCAUUGACUCAUCGGAAUUGGAUAAUCACGGUCCACUAAAAGUUUUGCAAAAGCUUUGUUGAUGAAGGGCAAGAGACCAAAACAGCUUUGAAACCUAUAGAAACAUGAGAGUGAAAAGCAUGAAGUGAUGUUGAUUUGGUUGAGGCUAACACUUGUGGUGAUUCUUCUUCUUGAUCAAGAGUUUUGUAAAUUUGUCCACUACCAUUGAUAAUUUAAUGUUAGAACAGAAAGAUGCUAUAAAGGUUUGUUUAAUGAAGGAUGUGUGUAUGAGUUGGUUGUAGAUUAAGGUUGUGUGUGUGGUUGGCUUAUAUAGAACAACAAACAACAUUGAAAUUUCAUAUUUAAAACAUGAUAGAAAUUUGGUUGUGGUCAAAUGUGGUUAUCCUGUGUUAAAGUUUAUACUAAGAACACGGUUACUUAAUAUAACAUCAUUUUCAAAAUUUCACAUGCAUUAAUGAUUUAUUGGUUAAAAAGUUCUUACUAAGACUAAUAUUGGUCGGCUCGACGAAGAACAAACAUCUACAUCUCAAUAGGCUUGACGGUUGGUAGAUUGUGAACUAAUAUGAAAGACCACAAAGCUUGUAAUAUUUCAACUUACAUGCAUAUGUGAACAUUGACAUUCACCGUGGAGCGACACUGAAAAUUUCCAAUAAACUAACUCCAUUUUCAAACAACUCACUACUAUGGUAUCACAAAGACCAACCUAAACCUCCUCUGGUUCUACACUACAUAAAAAUUUCAACUCACAACUAGCUCAACUUCUAGAGGUAGCACGUGAGUUUCAAUAGCAAAAUGUGAAACAACAACAACAAAAUGAAGAAAAAUAAGGUUAACAAUAAGAAGUUGAAGUCCAUAAGACUGAGUUGAGACAACAACUAGAGGAGUUUGUGCACCAA